AUGGCGGUCGCUGAAGCGUUGAUGCCCGCGGUGAUUGAGAUGUGGGUGGAAUAUGCCAUUGGAAUUUUGGUCCUAUUUCUACGAAUCUUUACGAGAUGCAAGAAGGUGGUGGGUUUGAAAUGGCAGGGCGACGACUAUUUGGCUGUGGCGGCCAUUAUAUUCUUCACGUUGGAGGUUAUGAUGUGUCAAAUCAUCGUUGAAAAGGGAAGUAUCACGGGCAUGACCGACGAAAUCGCGUUGAGCCUGACGCCGGAACAAUACAAGAGCCACGAAACUGGCGCGAAAUGGCUCUUUGCUGCGUGGUAUGUCUACGCCAGCAUGAUUUGGAGUCUAAAGGGCAUCAUGCUCUUCUUCUUCUCUAGAGUCACCAAAACUCUGCCAGAGGAACGCCUUGUCAAGGUGGUGUCUGUGAUUACGGUCUUUGCCUACUUGGCUACACUUGCAGUUGUUACAGGACAUUGCCGUCCCAUGCACAAGCUUUGGCAAGUGUAUCCGUAUGCCGGAGAUGAUUGCACGCAAAAUACCUCCAAGUACUACGCUUUGGUGACUACAAACGUCGUAACCGACAUCAUGAUCAUGUACAUUCCCAUCCCGUUGUUGUGGAGACUGCAGACCACUCUUCCAAAGUAAGUUGCGG